AGGGCAUUUUUCCUGCAACUUGUACACUUCCACUUUUACCCCUUUAUACAAAAGUUCUAUAUAAACCCAACAAGCUAAAACCCAUGAAAAAAUGAAAAAAAACAUACCACAACCUUGAGCUAGAUCAGAAAACCAUAUUUUAUCAAAUGCUUCACAUUCUCUUCCUCUUUUCUCUUCUCUUCUCCAUCUCCAAUGCUUCGGUCACUGAAAUCUGUGUGGCAGACCUAAAAGGCCCACUGACCCCUUCAGGGUAUACAUGCAAAUUGGCCUCCAAAGUCACAGCCGAGGACUUUGUGUUUAGUGGUCUAGGAAAACCUGGAAACACCACAAACAUAAUCAAAGCCGCUGUGACCCCAGCAUUUGUUGCCCAAUUCCCGGGCUUGAAUGGGCUUGGCAUAUCUUUGGCUAGGCUUGACCUAGCACCGGCUGGGGUUAUCCCUAUUCACACACACCCUGGGGCAACUGAAGCUCUAUUUGUAACAAGAGGUGCUAUCACUGCUGGGUUUAUUACUUCAGCAAAUGAUGUCUACAUUAAGAGACUUAGAAAGGGAGAUUCAAUGGUUUUCCCACAGGGUUUGUUGCAUUUCCAAGUGAACUCUGGGAAAUCACAUGCCAUGGCCAUUGUCAGCUUGAAUAGCCCAAACCCUGGUCUACAAAUCCUCGAUUACGCGUUGUUUGGCAACGACUUUCCUUCUGCAUUGGUGGAGCAGACCACAUUCCUUGAUGAUGCUCAAGUGAAGAAGCUCAAGGGUGUACUUGGUGGAACUGGUUAGGAAUGCUUAGCUAGCUAGCAAGUUGGUUAAAUUUGAGAAGGGUUGGGUUUGUAUUUUCAAAUGUGUUUUUCUAGUGGAUUGAUUGGUUUUGUGUGGUUAA